AUGGAUGAGAAACAUCCCGUCGAUGUCAAGUUACCGAAUGGCGAGAAGCUCCCUUCGUUCAACUUGGUUGAUUCGUUCCUCCUUGAGAAGAUUGAUCGGCUGUUCGCCUGCAAUGCAGGUGACUAUGUUGAUCUGCCCCAGCUCGUUGUUGUAGGGCAGCAGUCAAGCGGCAAGAGUUCAGUCCUCGAAGGACUGACCGGGCUCCCCUUUCCUCGAGACAGUGGUCUCUGUACUCGAUUUGCCACACAGAUCACCUUCCGCCGCUCCAAUGAAUCCAAGAUUUCUGCUUCCAUCAUUCCCUCCGCAGACUGUUCUGACACGCAUCGAGAGUGUAUGGAGAGCUGGGGCAAAAAAGAGCUCGACAUUCUGGAUGCCAAGUCGUUCGCCGCCAUCAUGCGAGAGGUUAUUGAUUUGAUGGGAGUGGGACCAUCAUCCGAACCGGGCUCUCCAGCCUUCUCCAAAGAUGUCCUUGUUCUGGAAAUUGCAGGCCCUGAUCAGGAGCAUUUCAGUGUGAUUGAUGUGCCUGGUACAUUCAAGAAGACCACCGAAGGGCAGACCACGACAAGCGAUAUCGCUCUCGUUUUCCACAUGGUCAAAGGGUACAUGGAAAACCCAAGGUCUGUGAUGCUGACCGUAGUACCAUGCACCUCGGAUAUUGCGAAUGAGGAUGUGGUGCAGCUGGCAGAUGACCUCGAUCCCUAUGGGAACAGAACACUGGGUGUCUUGACCAAGCCUGACUUGGUAGACGAUGGUGCAGAAGGAGGGGUCCUCAAUGUGAUGAACGGAAAAUCGCAUAGAUUGAAGUUGGGAUGGCACCUUGUCCGAAACCUGGGGCAGAGGGAGCUCAAGGUCAUGCCAACUUCCCGGGGAAGUCUGGAAGACAAGUUUUUCAAGACCAAGGCUCCAUGGAACGCGAUCGACAAGGCCAGGGUCGGUGUCGCAGCACUGAGGAUACGGCUUCAGAAAAUCCUCACCGAUCAUAUUCGACGCGAAUUCCCCAAGGUCAAAGCAGAUAUCAGGAAGAAACUACAGGAAGCUGAGAAGGCGCUUCGUGUGAUGGGGCCGAAGCGCCAAACUGCACAGGAGCAAAGCCAGUUUCUGACCGACAUCGCAUCCGAAUUUCAGGAUCUCGCCAACUCUGCGUCUCGGGCUCAGUACGUUCAAUCCGACUUCUUUGGAGAAGUUGCACGUCGGCGCCUGGCAACUGUAGCCGUCAAUAGAGGCGAGAUAUUUGCCGAGAUCAUGACCGACAUGGGACACGAGUUUGACUUUGCGGACGAGGAGAGCGACGGAGAUGACGAAAACGAAGAUGACGGAGAUGACGAGAACGAAGAUGACGAAGAUGACGAAGACUGCGACAGUUCGGAUGAGGACGGGUGCGUCGCUCCUAGCUUCGACGACGAGUCAUUUGGUUCUGGAACCUCCCGCAAGUCUACCAGACUGGUGACAGAGGAUGGCGACAUUGUAGAUUACGUCACAGAGGCAGAGAAAAUUGCCUCUCCUCGAAGUGACGACAUCCUUGAGUGGCUCACGGGAGUACACCGCAAGAACCGGGGCUUCGAACUUGGAUCUUUUGACUGCGCCCUUCUGAUCAUGACAAUGCAGCACCAGGCUAGGAAAUGGAAGGCUCUAGCCAAGGGCUACAUCAGCGACAUGAUCGCGAUUGUCCACACCCUCGUUUUGGAUCUCCUGCACCAUGUUGUCCCGGACAAGAACCUUCUGGGCAAUCUAGUAUCAGUUCUGUCGGAGCAUCUUCAAGCCAAGUACCUCCGAGCCAUGGAACAGACGGACUUCCUACUCAGAAUCGAGCUGGAGGGGACACCGGCUACGUACAACCAUGUAUUUACCGAGGUUCUGAACAAAUGCCGCGCCGAGCGAGUGAAGCGCCAGCUGGAAUCUCGAGUCAUCGAGGAUGCAGACCUUGGAUCAGUUGUCCGCCUGGAUGACAUAGUUCAAACACACCCGCUAAGCAACAAUGCGCAGGUUGUGCAAGAGAUCCAUGACAUUCUCAAGUCAUAUUAUGAGCUUGCCCGCAAGCGCUUUGUGGACAAUGUGCGCAUGCAGGCUGCUGAUCACUUUCUGGUGACCGGUCCAAACACGCCUCUGAAGCUCUUUUCACCCCGGUUUGUAUCGGGUUUGACUCCUUCACAGCUCGAUGAGGUCGCAGGUGAGGAGCAAAAUGCGAGGAGGCAGAGAGCUAGGCUGGAGAAGGAGAUCGGUCUGCUCAAGGAGUGCAUGACAAUCCUUCGAUGA